AUGGCGUGGCCGUGCAUCACGCGCGCCUGCUGCAUCGCCCGCUUCUGGAACCAGCUAGACAAGGCGGAUAUCGCCGUGCCGCUGGUUUUCACCAAGUACUCGGAGGCCACCGAGCACCCGGGUGCCCCGCCGUCGCACCAGCAGCCGGCGCCCGCGCCCCCCUCGGCGCGCACGGUCGCCAUAGAAACACAGCCGGCCCAGGGCGACGGGGAUGCGGUUGCCCGGGCAACAGGGCCGGCGCCGGGGCCUAGCGGAGAAAGAGAGGCUGGGGCCUCCUCUGGCCGGAGCGGACCCGGCCCAACCUCUGGCUCCGGCUCCACCUCCAGCGCAGGUCCCGCGGACUCGGUGAUGCGGCAGGACUACCGCGCCUGGAAGGUGCAGCGGCCCGAGCCGAGCUGCCGGCCGCGCAGCGAAUACCAGCCUUCGGACGCGCCCUUUGAGCGCGAGACCCAGUACCAGAAGGACUUCCGCGCCUGGCCGCUGCCGCGCCGCGGGGACCACCCGUGGAUCCCCAAGCCCGUGCAGAUCGCCACUUCUUCCCAGGCGGCAGCGCCGGCGCUCCGUGCCCCCCAGCGCCGACCGCAGAGCCAGGAGCGCUGGCCUGUUCCGGCCGCCGAGGCCUCGGAGCAGGAGGCGGCCCCUGGAGGAGCAAGUGUCCUUGCGGCUGGAAAAGCGUCCGGCGCAGAUGAGCGUGACACACGCAAGAAACCUGGGCCCGCCUGGAUGGUGCGGCGCGCCGAGGUGUCGCAGAGCCAGGAGCGCUGGGUAGUGCAGGCCGCUGAAGCCCCGGAGCAGGAGGCGGCUCCUAGCGGAGCAGGCGUCCUUGCGGCUGGAAAAGCGUCCGGUGCAGAUGAGCGCGACACUCGCAAGAAACCCGGGCCCGCCUGGAUGGUGCGGCGCGCCGAGGUGUCGCAGAGCCAGGAGCGCUGGCUGGUGCAGGCCGCCGAGGCCCCGGAGCAGGAGGCGGUUUCUGGCGGAGCAGGUGUCCUUGCGGCUGGAAAAGCGUCCGGUGCAGAUGAGCGCGACACUCGCAAGAAGCCCGGGCCGGCCUGGAUGGUGCGGCGCGCCGAGGCGCUGGGGCAGGAGCAGACGCCGCUGCCCGCGGCCCAGGACCAGGUCCAGGCCACUGGCCCCGAGGCGGGCAGAGGGCGUGCGGUGGCCGACGCGCUCAACAGGCAAAUCCGCGAGGAGGUGGCGAGUGCAGUGAGCAGCUCCUACAGGAAUGAAUUCAGAGCAUGGACGGACAUCAAGCCUGUGAAACCCAUAAAAGCGAAGCCUCAGUACAAGCCCCCAGAUGAUAAGAUGGCUCAUGAGACCAGCUACAGUGCCCAGUUCAAAGGGGAGGCCAAUAAGCCAACCCCAGCUGACAAUAAGGUCAUUGAUCGCAGAAGAAUACGCAGCCUCUACAGCGAGCCAUUCAAGGAACCUCCAAAGGUGGAGAAACCUAGUCUCCAGAGUUCCAAACCAAAAAAGACCUCAGUGAGCCAUAAGCCCCCGAGGAAGGCCAGAGACAAGCAGGGGGCGUCGGGCCGGGCAUCCAAGAAGAAGAGCGCGGAGGGUGCGCGCCCCGCCCCGCCCACCGCCGACAAGGAGCAGAGCGCGGAGAUGAACAAUAAGCUGGCUGAGGCUAAAGAGAGCCAGGUCGAACCCACCAGGGAGUCACCUAAGAAUCAAGAUCCUGUAGCCACAGAGCCAGACAAGGAUCAAGGUCCAGUGGGCCCGGGGCCUCUGAAAGAUCAAGGUCCUGGGAUCCAAGAGCCUUCAAAGGGUCAAGGCCCUGCAGUCCCAGAGCCUCUGAAGGAUCAAGCUCCUGUGGUCCCAGGGCCUCUGAAGGAUCUAGGUCCCAUAGUCCCUGCAUCAAUUAAGGAUCAAGAUCACACGGUCCCUGAGCCUUUAAAGAAAGAAGGUUCUGUGAUCCCAGCACCAGUCAAGGACCAAGAUUCCUUGGCCCCCAUGCCUGUAAAGAAUCAAAGUCCUAUGGUUCCAGCAAGAGUUGAAGAUGAAGGUUCCAUGGUACCAGAGCUUCUGAAGGAUCAAGGCCCCACGGCCUCUGCACCUGUCAAGGACCAAGGCCCUGUGGUCCCAGAACCUGUCAAGGACCAAGGCCCCAUGGUUCCUGAGCCUGUGGAUCAAGGCCCCCUGGUCCCAGCACCUGUCAAGGACCAAGGCCCCACGAUCCCUGAGCCUGUGGAUCAAGGCCCCCUGGUCCCAGCACCUGUCAAAGACCAAGGCCCCACGAUCCCUGAGCCUGUGGAUCAAGGCCCCCUGGUCCCAGCACCUGUCAAGGACCAAGGCCCCACGAUCCCUGAGCCUGUGGAUCAAGGCCCCCUGGUCCCAGCACCUGUCAAGGACCAAGGCCCCAUGAUCCCUGAGCCUGUGGAUCAAGGCCCCCUGGUCCCAGCACCUGUCAAGGACCAAGGCCCCAUGAUCCCUGAGCCUGUGGAUCAAGGCCCCAUGGUCCCAGCACCUGUCAAAGACCAAGGCCCCAUGGUCCUAUCACCUGUCAAGGACAAAGGUCCUAUGGUCCCAGAGCAACUGAAGGAUCCAAGUGCCAUGGUCAUAGAACCUGUGAAGAAGGAAGGUUCUGUGCUCUCUGAAUCUGUAGAGAAACAAGGGUUAGUCGUCCCACAGCCAGUCAAAGAUCAAGGGAGAGGGGUCUCAGAACUUCUGAAGGAUCAUGAUUUUGUGAUUGCAGCGCCUGUCAAGGAUCAAGGCCCUGUGGUCCUGGAGCCUAUCAAGAGUCAAGUUCCUAUAAUCCCGGUGCCUCUGAAAGAUCAAGAUCCUCAGGUGCCACCACCAGCAAAGGACCAAGGUCCUGUGGUUCCUAAGCCUCUGAAGACUCAAGGUCUCAAGAGCCCUCAGCUGCCCACAGUCUCACCACCACCUCCAGUCAUGAUCCCAACUGUUCCCCAUGCAGAAUAUGUCGAUGGUUCCCCUUGA